AUGGGCGACAAAUGGACACCAGUUGAAGGCGAAAGCCAGAAGAAACGAGUUUGCUACUUUUACGAUUCUGAUAUUGGCGGGUUCCAUUAUGGACCUGGUCAUCCGAUGAAACCUACUCGAAUCCGGAUGUGCCAUUCGUUGGUCAUGAACUAUGGUUUAUACAAGAAGAUGGAAAUCUUUCGCGCCAAACCAGCAACUAAACGCGAAAUGACCCAAUUCCAUUCGGACGAGUAUGUCGAGUUCUUGAGCAAGAUCACCCCCAACAACAUGAACUCGUUUGUCAAAGAACAACACAAAUAUAAUGUGGGAGACGACUGUCCUGUAUUCGAUGGUCUAUUUGAAUACUGCUCGAUAUCCGCUGGUGGCUCUAUGGAGGGUGCUGCGCGUCUGAGCCGUGACAAAUGUGAUAUUGCUAUCAACUGGGCUGGAGGACUGCACCACGCAAAGAAGAGCGAGGCCAGUGGGUUCUGCUACGUAAAUGACAUUGUACUCGGUAUCCUGGAGCUUUUGAGGUACCACAACCGAGUGCUCUACAUCGAUAUCGACGUCCACCACGGAGAUGGUGUAGAGGAGGCAUUCUAUACCACUGACCGGGUGAUGACUGUCAGUUUCCACAAGUACGGCGAAUACUUCCCUGGAACUGGUGAACUACGCGAUGUUGGAAUUAUGAAAGGAAAAUACUAUUCCCUCAACUUCCCAUUACGAGAUGGUAUCUCGGACGAGAACUACAAAUCUGUCUUCGAACCGGUAAUUCGCUCGGUGAUGGAAACCUACGAUCCCUCUGCUAUUGUCCUCCAAUGUGGAACGGAUUCUCUGUCCGGAGACAAACUCGGCUGCCUCAACCUCUCCAUGAAAGGCCACGCCAACUGCGUAAAGUUUGUCAAAUCGUUCAACAAGCCUCUCUUGCUCCUUGGUGGUGGUGGAUACACGAUGCGUAAUGUCAGUCGUGCAUGGGCGUAUGAGACUGGUCUAGCUGCUGGUGUCGAGCUUAACCCUGAAAUUCCCGUAAACGAAUACUACGAGUAUUUCGGCCCAGACUACCAACUGGAUGUUAAAUCCUCAAAUACGGACGACCUCAAUACCCCGGCCUACCUUGAUAGAGUGAAGCGGAUAGUGUUGGAGAAUCUGCGACAUACGCAGGGACCUCCCAGUGUGCAGAUGACCGAUAUCCCCUCCAUGCCAAUCGACGCCGACAUUGAUGACCCCAACCAGGACGAAGAUAUGGUGGACCCCAAUGACCGCCGACCAAUGCGACUAUUGGAUUCGCGACGGCAAGCGGAUGGGGAGCUGUCAGACUCUGAUGACGAAGGAGAAGGAGGUCGACGGGAUAUCGCUUCCCACAAGGAUCGUGAAUCCAAUGGAGAGGGAGCAGGCCAUAAAUUCGGAAUGGGGGUUGGCAUCAUGGCUUCUUCGUCUGCGGCAACCCAUGGAGCUGGGCCUAGUGGUCAUACGACUGCUGCACAAAUCCUAUCUGCUCCAAAGGCUGAUGCACCUAUGGACGUUGACACCCCGACGUCCGAGACUGGUAGCGCCCCUGUAACCGAGGGAAAGAGUAGUGAAGUGAACGGCGGUGGAGGGGCUUCUGCUGGUGCCGUCGCCGCUUCUGCUGGCCCCUCUUCUGCAUCCGGACAACCUGCAGCACCAGCGGCUGAGCCAGCUAAGGAGGACAAGGAUACGGCUAUGGCUGUUGAAGAGCCCAGUGAGCCUAAGCCCUCUGAGCCAGCGUCAUCGACAGCCGCUGCUGCUCCUGCUCCUACCACUUCUACGACCUGAUGACACAUCGUUACUAAAUGUUGUACUUGCUCUGUGUUUUCCGCGUGUAUUGAAUAAUAAUACCUCUUGCUUGG